CAAGUUUUUGAGCAAAAAAGAGCAUCGUUGGUUCAAUUCAGAGAGAGCAUUCUCUAUCGAUAUUUUUCCAGAAAAAAACAUGGCUACCGUCAACAACCACCAGCACAACUCCGAUCACAGCACAUACACCGUCAACAUGCACGGAAGCAAGAUAACCGUGACUGUUACAGCCUUCGCCUCCAUAGUGGAAAACUGGAUCAAAACAACAUUCAUCUUCGAGCGCGAAGACUACGAAUGGCGGUCACUCCUCACCGGCAUCGCAGUCGAUCCUAGGGCAGACACUUUGCAACUCUGCACCGGUAACCGGUGCCUUAUAUUCCAACUAGGUCAUGCAGAUUCCAUACCGCAAAACCUCCGUGAUUUCCUUCUGAAUCGGCACUGCGGAUUCAUUAGGUUUAAGAACCCCAUGCUACGAAACAUGCUUAAGUCAUCGAAGCACUGUUUGGAGAUUCAUAGAGAUCCUUUAGAUCUCUCGUUCUACAGAGAAGAGUACGAUCAUGAUUCAGUGGAAGAGAUUAUUUAUAAAAGCCUUGGAUUGAAAGUGGAGCUUAGAGAAGAGAUUAGAAUGAGUAAUUGGAGUGAAGAGUGUCUUAGUGAUGAUCAACUUGCUUAUGCUUGUGUUCAAACUCAUUGCGCUUAUCUUAUGGGGUACAAGUUGCACUCAUGGGUGUUAUGCAUCUAA